UAUUCACCCUUUUAGUAAGUGCAACAAAUGCUGUCCAAAGACAAAACUUAUCACUUAUCAACCACAUGACAAAAUGGGCUCCAUUAAUGGCAGAUUUUCCAGGGCUGAGGUAGGUAAACUGCAACCUUGACAUCUCUAAAGUGUGUUCCUUUUCACUAUUAUUAUUACACAAAACACUAUCUGGGUUUCAUGUCAAAUGCCUCAACCAAGAAAAAGUGGUGUGCUGUUUAGGUACCCAGAGCAGUUGCAAAUCUCAGUCAAAGUUGAGAUUUUUUUUUUUCCUUCACAUUGUUGACUAAACCCAAUUGGGAUUUCUUCUAAUUCAAAGAAAGAGUAAUAAUUGUGCCCAAUCUAUUGCUUUUUGUUUAACUCAAAUGUAUGAGUUGGGUUUGAUAUCAGAAGAAGCAAUAGUAAUUUGGUGAGCAUGUGCCUGUCUGUGAUCUAAGAAAAAGCUGAUAAAAAAGUGAUGGUGAAUUUAGUUUGCCACUAUCCUAAAAUGUCUUGGGUUCAAUCUCAAUCUCAAACCUGGCAGAAAAAUGCCAUCUUUACAAGCUCUUCUCUUUCUUCUUCUUCUUCGUCUCCUUCAAUAUCAUAUAACACUGAUUACCAAAACCAACCAACUUCCUCACCAUCAUCCUCAGGCAGUAGUAAAAUAAGCCCAGCAAUUCUUAUCAUCAUAAUCAUCUUAGCUGUUAUUUUCUUCAUAUCUGGUCUUCUUCACUUGCUUGUUAGAUUUCUCAUGAAAAAUAGGUCUUCUUCCUCAGUAUCUGAAUCAAACAGAUACCCAGAAAUGUCAGAGUCCAGUGCUUUCCAAAGACAGUUACAACAACUGUUCCAUCUCCAUGACUCAGGCCUGGAUCAAGCCUUCAUUGACGCCCUUCCUGUGUUCCUUUAUAAAGAGAUAAUGGGCUUGAAAGAGCCAUUUGAUUGUGCAGUUUGCUUGUGUGAAUUCACAGAACAAGACAAGCUGAGAUUGCUCCCCUUGUGUAGUCAUGCUUUUCACAUUGAUUGUAUAGACACAUGGUUACUGUCUAAUUCAACUUGCCCUCUAUGUAGAGGGACUUUGUACACUCCUGGACUUCCUAUUGAGAACCCAGUUUUUUAUUUUGAAGCUGAUCAUCCAAGUGAAGAUGAAUUUGGUCCCUCAGGAAAUCCAGGAAAUGGGGUUAUUUCCAUUGGUCAAAAGUCCUCAGAAAAUAAUAUUCAGAAGAGGGUGUUUUCAGUCAGACUUGGCAAAUUCAGAAGCAUAAAUGAUGGGGCAGAUGGGGGAGGAAGAGGAGGAGAGAGAGAAGGAUUGGGAAGAGGAGAGAGAGAGAGAAGAGGAGAGACCACUAGUAGUAGCAGUAGUAGUUUGGAUUCAAGGAGAUGUUAUUCAAUGGGGUCAUACCAAUAUGUGGUUGCUGAUUCAGAUUUGCAAGUACUGGCUUUAAGGCCAAAAAGAGAGAGCAUUAUUGGUGGUAAUAACACUAACAGCCUAAGGAUUGUGAAAGGAAGAAGUGGACCAAGUAGGAAUUGCUUGGAUAAUGAUGGAGAUGCUGAGGCCAAGAAGAUUAACAUUGGAAGCAAAGGUGAGAGCUUUUCAGUUUCCAAAAUAUGGCAAUGGUCUAGGAAGGGCAAAUUUCCAACUUCUUUAGAACCCUAUUUGAGCAGUACUAGUACUACUUCUUCUACUACCGUGGGACUGCCAUUGACCGACAGAUCUCCACCCACAUGAAUUGUAUUUUUCUUCACCUCUUCAAUGGAAUUUGUUCUUCUUUUCUCAAAACAAUUAUUUUCUUUUGUUUUUCCUCUUAUUUACAUCACUUACACGCAAUAUUGCAGCUUCUUUGUAUCAUGUAUCUUUCUAGUAAAGCCUUAUGACA